CUCGACGGCUGACGCAGAAGAAGCGACGUCUCUCGUUCUUGCGACGAUGGAGAAGCCGAAGAAAGACACCAUUCUGCAAUUUUUAAUGAUUAUGAUUGGAUGGAUACAGUCGGUGAGGACUCUUGAAUGCUAUGACUCCUCAUAUCCCGUACCACAUCGAAGAACCGAAUGCGGACCGAAUAUGAUGUGCUACUCAGAAUACUACGCAGUCAACAGGAGCGGGACAAUCCGACAGUACUACGAUAGAUUCUGUGUUCACGAGUCACACUGUCUCUACAGAGGAAUCGACGAAUCGUGUCCGACUCUCAACCAGCUGGACCACAAAAUGCAGAGUCUCUUCACAAAACAUCACGCGAAGAGCAACACGAAUUCAAUUCGAUUCUCCGAGUUUUGUUGUUGCUCCACGAAUCUUUGUAACGAUGUCAAUCAUAAAAGGGUAUACGACAAAUACGGCCUUCUAAUAUCCUUCGCAGACAACGUGUUCACCGAUGCGUCGAGCAGUGGAAUGAUCAACAUUUCCGCGGCGCUCGCCAUUUGCAUAAUCACAUAUUUGGUCGCUGUUCUCUAGUAUUUUUGCCACUCAAACUACCUUCCCACUCAUUUAUUUGUAUUCCUCAUGAUAUUUUUUCAAAACGGGCACUUAACACAUGAAUCUUCUGAAAUCAAACCAACCUUGUUGUAAAAACCGAGUGUCACCCUGUGCUCGCAGCUUUUCUACCAGAUCCCAUAAUUGAGUUGAUUUCUGAAACUCGAAUUUGUUAUUAUAUAACUAUUAAAUUAACAAUUUACCUGAUGUAAAUAUCGCCUACGCAACUUGUUUUCGCUUUCUGCUUUUCCAAUUAGAUCACCGGAACUGUCGCUGAAAAUAUGGUAAAUUGGGAGAAAUUUGGCUGAAGUUUGUCGGCUUAUAUCUCAAUUGUCGUUAGAAAUAUAAAAUAAUUGUUAACUGACAAAAUAUU